AUGGAUAAUAACGAUGAUUGUCUAAUUCAUGAUUACCAUGAUCUCCCUCCAGCUGACAGUCCUCUCCGGAGUGCACUACUCCACAAUCGUGUCGUACUGGUGAACAACAUGAGAGCCCGAAGCAUUCUUUGUCAACUGGUAACAGAAAGAGUCUUCAAAGAAGCGACUGCAGAAGAGGUGAAGAAGGUCGGGAAAGGUACUAACAUUGAAAUGAACGAAGCGAUCAUCGCUGAGUUGUAUGGCCUAGGAGAUGUACAGAUUUUACGCCUAUGUCUUAUUUUACGACGAAAUGGACAGGGAUUUCUGGCAGAUUUGAUACAAGAUGACGUCAAAUCGGAUGUAAUCCAUGUCUGGGAUCCGGCAUCAAAGAAGCUUGGUAACCACUGGAAGAGGUUGGCAUUGGCAUUGAAGACGGAGACGUGUAUUGCCAAGAUCAUCGAACUCUACCCAGAUAACGUGCGAGCACAGGCAUUAUUCUGGUUGAUAGAAUGGGAGAAAAAUGACGCCACCAACGCCUCGCCGAAGAAAUUGGCGGAGGCCCUGCAGUCGUGUGGAAUGAAGAAAGCUGCCGCGUACGUAAAGAAGCUCAGUCUGACUCGUUCAAGGACAAAACGCAGGAAACGAUCGAAAUCAGGCACUAGAAGAAAGGGAAGCCCAUCUCGGUCACCGUCGGCAAGGCGAAGCAGGUCCGGGAAAGGUCAACGAUACAGCGCUGUUGCGUCAGCUGGCACCCCCGCCAGUGGCGUGCAGAGCGGGGUCGGCUCGUCUAAGCGGCGAAAGAAAGGAAAUAAACGUCGCGGGAAAUAUUGGAAAGCGGACGAGAGCGAGGAAAGUAAUCUUGAGAUCCAAGACGACGAGUUCGACGACUUAACGAGAAAGAAAGUGCAUUUUGACGAAGAAUUUGUUAAGAGGUCAUUAGUCAAUUCGAUAUUUGAACGUAUUGGUGAUUAUGAAAACACGGCAUGA